CACACGUGACACUUGCCUCCCCUCCAUUUUGUGUCGUCCGCUUCCGGGCUUUCGGAGAAAGCUGCGAGUCAAACAUCCAGCAGAAAGACGAUGGCGCCCGUCGCGCGUCAAGAGUGCGGUUAAAGUAUCCCACCUUGGAAGCCGAAAGUGUCGAAAAAGUUCCUCUCCAACGUUACCGCGGCUUGGGAAAAAGGGCGCCAAGACGUCCAAAGUUGACAGCUGGAAGUAAACAAGCUCCAUGCUAACGAGCUAGCUCCAUGCUAAGCUGUUAGCUCCAGGCUAACCCGCGUCUCUCUCCGCCAGCUAACCCGGCUGGUGUCGCCCUGCCAGCGGCCUGUCGUCACUCGCUGAGCCGGUCACGAAGAAUUGCCACCGCGACACUUUUCAUUCAUGCGCUUUUUUUUUCUCCGCGUCUUCGUCCAUUUGAGCAGUGCAAGCGUGACGUCGCAGCAGAGAAGCUGAAGGGGCGUGUCGUCGAAUCCACACAAAAAGGUGCCAACAGAGGGACAGGAUGCCCAUACCUCCCCCACCUCCCCCGGGACCCCCGCCGCCCCCCACCUUCAGUCAGGCCAACACCAACCCCCCCAAGCUGAACUCGUCCGAGGCCAAGGGCAGAGGAGCGCUGCUGUCCGACAUCGUCUCAGGCGCCCGGCUGAAGAAAGUGGGCGUGGUCAACGACCGCAGCGCCCCCAUUUUAGAGGGCUCUGGAGGAGGAGGUCAUGGAGGUGGAGGUCCAAUGGGAAUGGGAGGUCUUUUCCAAGGUGGGGUGCCAAGGCUGCGAGCAGUUGGAGAUGGUUCAUCAGGUGGUUCUGUAGGAAGGUCCGCCCUGAAGCCCCCGGGGUCCCGGCCCUCUGCUCCUCGCCCCCCCACCGGUCGCUCCGUCUCACCCUCCCCGCCGGACCACCAGCGCUCCCACCGGCCCUCGCUGCCCGACAUCACCCGCCCCCCGAGCAGCAACAGUAACUCCUCCAGCGGGGGGAUGAAGCACAGCACGUCCGCCCCGCCCCCUCCGCCGCCUUUCAACAGGGGCGGCCGCGGAAACGCACCGGCCACCCCCAACCAAAAGGCGUCGUCGGCGCAGAGCAGAGAGAAGCCCCUCCCUCCCACGCCAAGCCGAGGCCCCGCCCCUCCCAACUCCAGUAAGCUCUCUUCGUCCUCCAACAGACCCCCCACCAGUGGCUCGUCGGCUCCUCCUCCUCCGCCGCCCUACAGGAUGCACACCGGGAUGUCCAACGGCCCCUCCCACACAGACGGGGGCGGAGCCCCUGAGCUGCCGCAGAGGCACAACUCCCUGAGUAAGAAAAACACGUCAGGGGGUGGCGGGCAAGGACGCAACCACGCUCCACCCCCUCCGCCCUCGUCGUCGCCGUCCCUGCAGCAAGUUAGCAGACCGCCGCCGCCCGCCAGAGAGCCCCCUGGCCGCCGAGCAGCUCCCCAGGUGCCCCUCUCCAACGCUCGCAACGGUAGCCGUGACGUCCCGCCCCCGCCGCCCCCGUACCGGGGCCACAGCUCGGCGGUGUCGGACUCUCUGAGCCGAGUGGGCAAACUUCAACCUCCUUCCUUCUCCUCCUCGUCGUCGUCCUCGUCCUCCUCCACCUCCUCCCGCACUCCCGCCGGACCCCCACCGCCGCCCCCGCCCAUCCGGAACGGCCACUCCGCCGUCUCCUCCUCCAAAUCCAUCUUAGAUGAUUUUGAAUCCAAGUUCAACUUCCACCCCAUGGACGACCUCCCACCUCCUGAGGAGUACCGACAUUUCAACAAGAUCUACCCCAGCAAGAGCAGUAAGAUCAUGUUGAGAGGAGCGCCCCCUGCACCACCUGUGGGAAGGUGAACACAAAUCAGCUCAGGACUUGAACUCUCAUCGGGCAAGUGGUCGUCUGGUCUGGUGGGGAGGGGUACACACACACACACACACACACACACACACACACACACGACACCAGCCUAGUCAACACGACGCCACGCAGCUUUGGUGAGACAACAAAACCACUCUUGAGGCCACAGUGAACUUUUUAGCCAGCGGGUGAGGACCACCACCACGUCCCCCCCCCCGCUGGCACAUAUCAGGACCAGAGAGUGUCCGAGUUUCAUAUAUUUUCUUCCUGUGCUGCAUGUCGGUGUGUAGUUUGCUUGUGGCCGUCUCACACGCAUGAAUGUCAGCUUCCUGCUCUGCUUCUGUCCCACUACACCACCGCUUGGGACCACCAUGUGCCAAAAGUGGGCGGAGUUUAACCAACCUUGUAACUAACCAUGAUUCCUGACAGACGCGUCGUCUGCUUGUUAGUUUCGUUGCAUUCCUGGGGGGGGGGGGGAUUUCCUGCUUUGACCCACCCCCCCCUCUAUUUUUUUAAUGUGGGGGGUGUUCACGUUUGCAUCUUUGGGCAAUGUUGCACAGCGGCUAGUGGGGACACAGGACACCCUUUUAAGGGACACAAGGUAGUGAGGGUCCUGACGUUUAGGGGACACAUGGUGUGUCCUGACGUUUAGGGUACACAUGGUGUGUCCUGACGUUUAGAGGACACAUGGUGUGUCCUGACGUUUAGAGGACACAUGGUGUGUCCUGACGUUUAGGGGACGCAUGGUGUGUCCUGACGUUUAGGGGACACAUGGUGUGUCCUGACGUUUAGAGGACACAUGGUGUGUCCUGACGUUUAGAGGACGCAUGGUGUGUCCUGACGUUUAGGGGACGCAUGGUGUGUCCUGACGUUUAGGGUACACAUGUUGUGUCCUAACGUUUAGGGGACACAUAGUGUGUCCUGACGUUUCGGGGCGCAUGGUGUGUCCUGACGUUUAGGGUACACAUGGUGUAUCCUAACGUUUAGGGGACACAUGGUGUUUCCUGACGUUUAGGGUACACCUGGUGUAUCCUAACGUUUAGGGGACACAUGGUGUGUCCUGACGUUUAGGGUAAACAUGGUGUGUCCUAACGUUUAGGGGACACAUGGUGUGUCCUGACUUUUAGGGGAUACAUGGUGUGUCCUGAUGUUUAGGGGAUACAUGGUAGUAAGCGUAAUGACGUUUAGGGGACGCAUGGUGUGUCCUGACGUUUAGGGGACACAUGGUGUGUCCUGACGUUUCGGGACGCAUGCUGUGUCCUGACGUUUAGGGUACACAUGGUGUGUCCUGACGUUUAGUGUACACAUGGUGUGUCCUGACGUUUAGGGUACACAUGGUGUGUCCUGACGUUUAGGGUACACAUGGUGUGUCCUGACGUUUAGUGUACACAUGGUGUGUCCUGACGUUUAGGGUACACAUGGUGUGUCCUGACGUUUAGGGUACACAUGGUGUGUCCUGACGUUUAGGGUACACAUGGUGUGUCCUGACGUUUAGGGGACGCAUGGUGUGUCCUGACGUUUAGGGGACGCAUGGUGUGUCCUGACGUUUAGGGGACGCAUGGUGUGUCCUGACGUUUAGGGGAAGCAUGGUGUGUCCUGACGUUUAGGGUACACAUGGUGUGUCCUGACGUUUAGGGUACACAUGGUGUGUUCUGACGUUUAGGGGACACGUGGUAGUAAGCGUCAUGACAUUUAGGGGACACAUGGUGUGUCCUGACGUUUAGGGGACACAUGGUGUGUCCUGACGUUUAGGGGACACAUGGUGUGUUCUGACAUUGAGGGGACACGUGGUAGUAAGUGGCAUGACAUUUAGGGGACACAUGGUGUGUCCCCUGAUGUUUAGGGGACACAUUGCGUGUCUUGACGUUUAGCGGCCACAAGGUAGUAAGGGUCCUGACGUUUAGGGGACACAUUGUGUGUCCUGACGUUUAGCGGACACAAGGUAGUAAGGGUCCUGACGUUUAGGGGACAUAUGGUGUGUCCUGACGUUUAGGGGACAUAUGGUGUGUCCUGACGUUUAGGGGACAUAUGGUAAUACGUGUCCCGCAUUUGUCUUGACAUUAAGGGGACAUAAGGUAACAAGUGUCCUGACGUUUAGGGUGUCCUUACGUUUAAGGGGUCACAAGGUAACAGGUCUCCUGACGUUUAGGAGACACCAGGUAAUGUAUGUCCUGACGUUUAUAGGACACAAGGUAUCAGGUGUCCUGACGUUUAUAGGACACAAGGUAUCAGGUGUCCUGACGUUCAGGGGACACAAAAUAACAGGGUGUCCUGGGUCCUGACUGGUAGUGGACUGAGAGAAGUCUGGUCCCACGUUGAGUGCGCCACCAAGGCCACAACUAGUUUAGCUAUGCAAGAGUUUGUACACGUCGGUCGCUGAGCAGAAAAGCGGCGACAAACACUAAAGUGCCAGAUGGUCGGAGCUUCUUGACGUCACUUUCACUCCUGACUGUAAAACACUAACGUCUCUCUAGUCUCAAAUGUGACAAAAACAUGACCAUGGUCUUUGCCUUACACACUUGUUGUCCCGUCGGUACUGUGCUUUGACUUCUUUUAUUCUUCUUUUAAAGUCAUGAGUCUAUUUGCAAAUGUAUAUUUCAUAAUAACCUAGCGACCAAUGAUCUAUUUUUGUGGUGUACAAAGAGUGUAAUAUAGGAAAGCAAAGUUCAUAUCUUCUGCUCAUUUCCUCCUGUUUUUAUCACAUUUUCAAUAAAUAUAUUCCUGUUGGGGAAAAGGGCA